AAACUCUACACAAAGAAAUUAUUCUCAAGUUAUAUGAAGGCACCCAAAAAUGUUCAGAAAUAAUCCAUGUCCAAAAUCAAAAAGAUUAUAUUUGAUAAGUCAUCCAGAUCAAUACGUAAAUGUACAACCUCUAGAGUUUCAAAACUAGUACUAAUUUAGAUGACUGUGGAACAAUUCAAUGCAAUUUUCUAUGGAUCUAUGGAGCAAACUGCUUUACAAAACAAUCACUGAAGUCUUAUCCAUAAUAAUACAUUUUUUAUUCAGUUAAUUGCUGCACUAGCCUAUUGCAUGUUAGCCAUCCCGAAUAAUCCAUCUUCCACGUGCCGGAAACAAGUCCUACUACUCAACCUCAGCUAAACUCAAUCACCUUCCGUAAAUCGUGGACACGCGAACAUGCUCUCUUAUCCAUGUUUCCACCGGACAAAACAUGGUCAAAGCUUGUUACAGAUGGCUGGCAGAUAGUGUACAAACGGGGUAAAUCACAACGAUCGUGCAUGUACUUCCCAGCAAAAACGAGUUCCAAAAGAUCUAUAAAUAUUCAACCAUCAGUCGGCGGAUACACUUACGCCGCAACAUGGCAGCAACCGUGCAUCGACUCAUCUCACCAGUAGUUUGCAGUGGCGUGAUACUGUUCGCGCUUAGCUUUGCAAAGGGUGAAUUUGCCGUACAGUUUGGCGAAUCGUUCAAAGCGUGCCCGGACGCGAUGGACAGUGAGCUGAUGCUGGAUCUGUCCGAGCUGCAGGUCAUACCGGACGAAAAUGACAGCAUGGUACUGAACGGUAUGGUGCGCCUGAACCGUGCGCUGGAAAGUCCUGUCGAGAUCAACGUGUACACCAAACGGCUGGAGCAGGGCACCUGGAACGAUGCGCUGCUGGGCCGCAAGGUGCUGGACCUAUGCCCGCUGCUGCAGGUCAGCACGGAACCGUGGUUCGUCAUCACCAGCAUGAUGGAGAAAAAGGGCUGCCCAUUCCCGGAGGGGCACAAGGAAUCGUUUGCGAUGCUACCGGUCGGUGACUUUGGCAUUGAGAUACCGCCAGAUUUCGUGGGCGACUGGAAGGCGUUCUUCGAGAUCACGUCGCAGGCCAAGAUGUCCUGCCUGAUGACGGAGUUUAGCAUCGUCGAGGUGUAGCCUUGAGAAAGAUUUUCCAUUGACAAAGUUCUUCAGUACUGAGACAGAAUGAAUGCUGACAAAAAGACAUCAGAUCAGUUCUAAUAAAAACCAUCAAAAACCUCUUCUUGCGAGACGAUGCUCGAGAUGUCAUUCCAGAA